CGCACUGGCGCAUGCUCCCUCCAGCUCUCUCACCGUUCACGUCGUUUUGGAGACUGUGGCGGAGCCUUGUCAUUCUGACCGGGAAGCCCUGGCUUCCUCCGUCGGUUCGUCAAGCAGAAAUGUCUAAUGCAAAAGAAAGAAAACAUGCUAAGAAAAUGAGAAACCAGCCCACUAAUGUGACUUUAUCCUCUGGCUUUGUGGCUGAUAGAAGUGUAAAGCACCAUAAUGGAGGUGGAAAACCUUUCCGAGCUCAAAAACAAGAGUCUUUUUCUGGAACUUCACGACAGCGGCAAACCAGAAUGACCCACUAUUCACCACCUGAGCCUGAUGUGAAUGAGCAGUCUUCCUCCAAAGUCACGUUUAAUAAAAAGGGAGGAUGGAAAGCAGGUCCUGAGGGCACUUCUCAGGAGAUUCCUAAGUAUAUAACAGCUUCUACUUUUGCUCAGGCCCGAGCUGCUGAAAUCAGUGCUAUGUUGAAAGCAGUAACCCAGAAGUCUUCUAAUUCACUGGUUUUCCAGACUCUGCCACGGCACAUGAGACGAAGAGCCAUGAGCCACAAUGUGAAACGCCUUCCUAGACGGUUACAGGAGAUUGCCCAGAAAGAGGCAGAGAAAGCAGUACAUCAGAAAAAAGAACAUUCAAAAAAUAAAUGCCAUAAAGCUCGAAGAUGUCACAUAAACCGGGUGCUAGAAUUUAACCGUAGACAAAAGAAGAACAUAUGGUUAGAAACUCACAUCUGGCAUGCCAAGCGGUUUCACAUGGUCAAGAAGUGGGGCUACUGCCUUGGGGAGAGGCCGACAGUCAAGAGUCACAGAGCCUGCUAUCGAGCUAUGACAAACCGCUGCCUCCUUCAGGAUUUAUCCUACUACUGUUGUUUGGAGUUGAAAGGCAAAGAGGAAGAAAUACUAAAGGCACUUUCUCCAAUGUGUAGCAUAGACACAGGAUUGACUUUUGCAGCAGUUCACUGCUUGUCUGGAAAGCGCCAAGGUAGUCUCAUGCUUUACCGGGCAAAUAAAUAUCCAAGAGAAGUGCUGGGGCCUGUUACAUUUAUUUGGAAGUCUGAGAGGAGCCCUGGCGACCCUUCUGAGAACAGGCAGUUGUGGAUCUGGCUUCACCCAACUCUUAAACAGGAUAUUUUAGAGGAAAUAAAAGUGGUAUGCCAGUGUACGGAGCCCACCAAAUCAACUGUCUGCAUCUCCGACCCUCUUCUGACACCUAACCAAGAAAAAAGCCAAACUAAACUUCCUGAUGAGAAAAUUGGCAAGAAAAGAAAAUGGAAAGACGAUGGGGAAAAUGCUAAACCAAUUAAAAAAUUUAUUGGUGACGGAACUAGAGAUCCACAUCAAUUGUAUUCUUGGAUCUCACCAACCACAGGCAUUCUAAUCAGUGAUUUGACGAUGGAGAUGAACAGAUUCCGGCUGAUUGGUCCACUUUCCCACUCCAUCCUAACUGAGGCAGUAAAAGCUGCUGCUGUCCACACCGGAGAAGACACAGAGAACACACCUCACCGCUGGUGGACUGAAACCUGUAAAAAUCCUGAUAGCGUUUCCCUUCACCACAGACAGGAAGCCAUAUUUGCAUUGUUGGGAGGAAUAACAUCACCAGCAGAAAUUCCGGCAGGUACUAUUCUAGGACUGACAGUUGGGGAUCCUCGAAUAAAUUUGCCUCAGAAGAGGUCCAAAGUUUUGCCCAAUCCAGAAAAAUGCCAAGAUAAUGAGAAAGUUAGACAGCUGCUUCUGGAGGGUGUGCCUGUGGAGUGUACGCAUAGCUUUAUUUGGAACCAAGCUAUCUCUAAGAGUGUCACAGAGAAUAAAAUCUCGGAUCAGGAUUUAAACUGGAAGAGAAGUGAAUUGCUGGUGCCCGGGUCACAGCUUGUUUUAGGUCCCCAUGAAUCCAAGAUACCUCUACUUUUGAUUCAGCAGCCGGGAAAAGUGACUGGUGAUGACCGACGAGGCUGGGGAAGUGGCUGGGAUGUCCUGCUCCCAAAGGGCUGGGGCAUGGCUUUUUGGAUUCCUUUGAUCUAUCGAGGUGCAAGAGUUGGAGGAUUGAAAGAGGCUAUAAUGCAUUCUCAGUAUAAAAGGUCUCCUUACAUCCCAGGUGAUUUUCCAGACUGCCCUGCUGGGAUUCUGUUUGCUAAAGAGCAAGCCAAGAAUCUUCUUGAAAAGUACAAACGACGCCCUCCUGCAAAGCGGCCCAACUACGUUAAGCUUGGCACUCUGGCACCUUUCUGCUGCCCCUGGGAGCAGUUGACUCGAGACUGGGAAUUAAGAGCUCAGGCCCAAGAGGAAUCAUCUGUAGCUUCCUCUCCAAGUGGUGAGGAGAGCGACUGGAGAGGAGACGAGGUGCCUUGUGCUCCCACGCCGGAAAAAACUCAUCAAGUGUCUGAUGCAAUGGGCACAUCACUGCACGCCUGCAGUGAACCCAGAGGUCGAAUGGACACAGAGUGUCCAGCCCAGAUGGGCACUGAGUGGGCAACAGGCCAGGAUGCCGCCCGCAGGCACCUCUGCGUUCUUAGGAGUAGAGCAUCUCUGAAGCAGCUGUCAGCGUGGUGUGGGCCCAGUUCCGAGGACAGUCGGGCAGCCCGGCAAGUUCCCAGUGGAGGGCAGCAGGAACUGACCAGAGAGGCUUGCCUGUCCCUCUUGGACCGCUUCCCCAGGGCCCUGGUGUGGGUCAGCCUGUCCCUGCUCAGGAAGGGCAGCCCAGAGCCGCACGCCAUGAUCUGUGUCCCAGCCAAGGAGGACUUCCUCCAGCUCAGUCAGGAUCGGCUCUACUGUGGGCCCCAGGAAUCCAAGCACAGCGACCCAUUCAAGAGCAAGAUCCGGAAACAGAAAGAGAAGAAGAAACUAGAGAAGAGGCAGAACCAAGGGCAUACUGUGUCUGAGGGCCUGGAAGCAGGGCACACGAUGGCUGAGCACCAAGCUCCCACCCUGGGCUUGUGGUCGGGCCCUCUCCCCGAUGUGACUUCUCACUGCUCCAGAGUUCUCCUUGGCUUUGUCACACAGGGAGAUUUUUCUAUGGCUGUCGGCUGUGGAGAAGCCCUGGGGUUUGUUAGUUUGACAGGCUUGCUGGAUAUGCUGUCCAACCAGCCAGCCGGGGAGAGGGGCCUAGUGUUGCUGAGGCCGCCUGCCUCUCUGCAGUAUCGAUUCGCGAGAAUUGCUAUUGAGGUGUGAGUGCUGGUUUACGUCCUUGCAGGGUAUGGACGGUAACUGCGUUUGCCAAGUACCGCAAUAGGAGAGUUUUGUUUUCUCCAUCUUCUGUUUCAAAAUAUCACAUGAAAUUCCUUGGAAAUGAGAAUAAAAAAUUAUUGUAUUAUGCAAAUGGAUGAAAUGUUUACAUCAUUCCAGUAAUCUCAUUGAUUUCCGUCUUUCCUUGUCCUUGCUGAAUACUUUAAAAUUAUUUGGCAUAUAUAGUCAAAAGCUUUUCUCUUAUGAUUUCUUGGUCUGUGUAAUUCUUGCUGAAAAUAAUUAGAAGCUCUGUUUUCUCAUCCUCUUUUUUUUUUAUUAGGAACAAAGGGCUGACAAGUCUAUUUGAAAAACCUUGUAGUCAUGCGAUAAGCAACACUGGUUGUUUAAUGAUUUGAUUGUUACGGAAGAGGAAAAGAGUAUAAACAUCUGGCUUUUAUACAUGAAAUGUGGGCCCCCGUCUGGGCCAUGUUCAAUUCUGUAUGUAAUCAGCAUGCCUAACACUUUACACCAUAAAGAAGGAAAUCAUGGAAAAUUUAUUGCUACCUCUUAUUGAGCAGGCUCAGUUUAUGGCAAGAAUGUGGGGGUGGAAUUAGAAUGUGGAUCUUUGAUUUUAUUACCCAUCUUCUUUGUUGUCGACCAACACAUGAUCUUAGGAAUUACUUAAUUUUUCUGUGCUUUUUGUUUCUGCAAGGAAUUUUUCAAAGCAUAGAGGAGCAUUUCUCAAAAUAUAUUCUGUGAAAUGUGUUAACCUAAAAACAAAAAACAGAGAUUCUAAGGUCAUUUUGACUUGGGAAACUCUGGGUUUAACAUAGUUAAGCAUUUCUUUUUAAAGGACUUCUAGAACUUUCCAUAUUAUUUUGUACAUUGUGAAUCUCUAGGAAGUGGAUAAUAGUCUGCCGUGUUUUCUAAAUCUUUUUGAUCCCCAAACUCCUUUUGCAAGGAGCAUGUGGGGACAGAGUCCCAGAGAGCAGUUUCCAGGUUCUUGGUCUCAAGUGGAAAGGUGCUGGCUCGG